CAUGUGCCUCUCGCAGUCGGCCGACCGCUCCACCCGACCGAUUCACACUUUUUUAUUUUCCCUGUGAACGUAGUGACCGCUGCGACCACCGGACUUUUUAAACGAAACUCCUCCCGGGACGAGUGAGCGUGGCUGCAGCGAGCGCGGCACGACGGCAGCCGCCGGCGACGUCGUCCGCGCCGUGCGCCCUGAUCGAAACCAAAAUGGCAGGACGAGCCAGCCUCCGGGCCCGUGAGCGAGUUCGCCCCUGACCGAGCGGUUUUGUUCGCGAGCGGCAUGUGUCUCGUUAUAUAAAUGUUACGCAAGUUGAGGACGGAGUGCCCAAGAGAAGGUGCAUCUGUUGUUUUACGAACUAGCGGUCGGCCCUAUUGGUGCAGUGUACUGUGGAGCCCAUGUAAGGCGCGCGACAACCUCGGCCUACCAAUAUGAGCGGUUACGGCGGCGCGGGCGGCGGCAUGUCCAGCGCGGGUGACACAGACGCGCUGUCACGGCGACUGCGCGAUGCUGAGCGAGCGCGCGCUGACGCCGAGCGAGCGCAUGCUGACGCGCUCGCACAGCUGCGGUCUGCGCAGCGCUCGCCGCUCGACGCGCAUAACGUCGAGCAGCUGCAGUCCAGAGCUAGGGAGCUGGAAAAAAAGGCGGCUCUAGAAACGGUGCGAUGUGAAGAACUCCAGUUGGAAUUGUCGUCGGCGCUGCGAGCACGUGGCACGUCUUCUGGAACGGCGUGGUCCUCGCCCCCGACCCAGCCCGCCUCCGAGAUAGAACGCAUCAUGGCCAAGAUCGAGCAAGACAACCGUAUCCUAGCGGAGCUGGAGCACACUAGAUCCACUACGCAUGGUACGCUGACACAUCACCGAGUUCCAAUCAACUAUACAAUGGCAAAAGGCAUGCAGUCGAGUGGAUCCAAUCAAGGUCUAGUGGGAGAGUUCCAUUCGCCGACGCCGUCGCCGUUACCGCAUUCAUACACGAGUACUUCUGGCCACGCAGCCAUCUGCCAGAGCAAUACGAUGCCCACACUAUCAUCUUUACAUGCCACUGGACAAUUCACCGCCCCUAGUUCAAAUUCCGUCGCCUAUUCCAUGAGCGCACACAACCCCACUUCAUAUUCCAAUCCCGUAUCAGCAUAUUCCACCAAUUCGUAUUUACCGAACACUCAUCAAGUUACCUUCACCAAUCCAGUUACAGCGCCCUUAGUGAACAACAUUAGCCAAAUUUCUAGCACAUUAGCGGGUUUGCAGAGCAACCUUCAGAAUAUAACUGGUAACGUGCCCGGAAUGAAUCUGGGCGGAGGUUUGUCGGGCACAGGAAUAACAGGCACAAUGUCUGGAACUGGAUUGACUAGUUGUCUGAACAAUGUGCAAACAAGUUUGUCCGGAGGAUUGACAAGUACCCUUGGAGGAAUACAGUCUUCGUUAACAGGAGCUUUGAGUAACCCUUUAUCCAACAUCACGGGUGCAACUCAACUUGGAACAUUAAAUACGAGUUUAACAGGAACGAAUCCUUACGGCACAGGGACUUAUACGAACCCCCUACUAUCGAGUGGAUUAGGUGGUAAUGCGAUGAAUAUAAAACUAAAACCUUUAGAAGAAAUUGACUUGGGCAUAGGUAGAUAUGGGACUACUACAAGUGGAGUGGGCAGAGUAGCCACCCCGGUGACACCGCACCAGCCCUCAUGGAGCUUAGGAUUAGAUAACCAAUUCGGACCUGAUAGAAUAACCGGUAUGGAUUCAGGUUUCAGCCAUGACCGGAACCAAAGAGCUUUAUCUAGGAUGAUACCAAACCCUGGAAUGGAUAUGGAUGUUCGGAACACUUAUUUUAUGAACGGCGGCGCAUCGAAUGAACCUCAAGUUGAUAUGUUGGAUAUACCGGGAAAAGGACGUUGCUGCGUUUACAUCGCCCGCUUUUCAUAUGAUCCGCCUGAGAUUGAAAGCGCCGAAGGGGAACUUUCAAUAUGUGCUGGAGACUAUCUUUUGGUGUGGGGUCCUUUAGACCCAAAUGCUUCGAUGCUGGAUGCUGAGUUAUUAGACGGACGAAGAGGUCUUGUGCCAGCAAAUUUCGUACAAAGACUAAUCGGAGAUGAUCUACUGGAAUUUCACCAGGCGGUGGUCGCAACAUUGCGAGAUGUCGACGAGUCAGCAACGACUGCGGUCAGUGACCUCUCGCUUAGCCGUGACGUGGCACGACUUAAUGAGGUAGCUGAUAUCAGUGAAGGCCCUGAAGAUGAUGACAAUGUGCCGGCGCCGAGGCAGCUCACCCUGGAGAGGCAGUUGAACAAGUCCGUGCUCAUUGGCUGGACAGCACCAGAAGGAGUCCAGCAGGCCAACAUCGAGAGCUACCACGUCUAUGUUGACGGAGUCUUGAAGACCACCGUCAAAGCCACGGAGCGCACGCGUGCUUUGGUCGAAGGAGUAGAUUCCAAUAGGCCUCACCGCAUCAGCGUGCGAUCUGUGACUGUUACCCGCCGUACGUCUCGUGAUGCUGCCUGCACUAUGGUGAUCGGACGUGACACUGUUAAUAUGGGACCCACGUGUGUCAGAGCAAGCGGAGUAACUUGCUCCCAGGCUGUUAUAUCAUGGUUGCCUGCCAAUUCUAAUCAUCAGCACGUCGUUUGCGUCAACAACGUAGAAGUCCGAACUGUAAAACCAGGUGUUUAUCGCCACACUAUUACCGGUUUAUCACCGAGCACACAGUACAGGGUGACGGUAAGAGCGAAACAUCUGAGAGCUGGUCCUCCAUCUGGAAUCACAAUAGAAGAAGCCCCGGGAGCAUACACGGACUUCAGGACUCUUCCCAAAGGAUUACCAGAUCCACCAAAUGAAAUCAUGGUGGAAGCGGGACCCCAGGACGGCACUCUGCUCGUCACCUGGCAACCGGUGCUUCGCCCCCCGGCCUCCGGACCAGUCACUGGAUACGCGGUGUACGCCGACGGCAAGAAAGUGACCGAUGUGGAUUCCCCGACUGGUGAUCACGCGCUCAUCGAUAUCGGGAAACUGAUUGGCCUCAAUCCUAAAUGUGUAACAGUUCGUACAAAAUCACGGGACAGCCAAUCCAGUGACAGUGCACCUACACCUAUACCACCUGCUGUGCUUCGCGGGGUGGUGUCAAGGAUGCCUCGGGGCCCAGGACCUAUGCAAGGAGGGCCUGCGUAUCGAGGUCCUAUACAACGGCCGCAGCCCUAUCAGCAACAGCAGCAAGUUAUUGAGCAUGAUGAGAAUUUAUCCGAUAAAGAGAUAUUCCCCACUGCCAAUCGUCACGACCAGCACGCCGCUCAGCCUACGAGCGGAUUCGGCACAGGCCUCCUAAAGAGUAUAUUCGACAAAAUAACCCCUUCGCAACCGUCCCAACCAGCGCAAGCGUCGCAGCAGCCAUCGGGUCAGCAGUACCAGAGUACACAAGCCUACCAUGGCACGCAGCAACCCCCAUACCAAGCAGCCGCUCCGUUCCCAAGUAACCAGCCGCCGUACCCCGGACAACCGCAGCAAUUCCAGAACCCACCACCACGGAACCACCACGAAAGAGGCCGCCCUCCUAACCCUCAUCAGCAGCAACAACAAGCGCAACAAAGCAAUCUCCAGUACGGGCCCCGAAGCGGACCUGCCCCGGGUCCCCGGGGCCCACAGCCGGGUCCUCGCCACCAGCAACAAGGCCAUCCACAGUCAAAGAGGAGUCGUUAUUUCAUCGCCUUGUUUGAUUACGACCCUGCCACUAUGAGUCCUAAUCCUGAGAGCUGUGACGAAGAACUGCCGUUUAGCGAAGGCGAUACUAUUAAGGUAUGGGGCGACAAAGAUGCGGACGGCUUCUACUGGGGCGAGUGUCGCGGGCGGCGCGGCUACGUGCCCCACAACAUGGUGGUGGAGGUGUCCGAACAGGAAGCUGUGGGGCAGGCGGCCGCGAAACCGCGCGACCGGUGGUCCGACGCGUACGCCACCCAGCCGGUCCGCAGGAUGGUGGCCCUGUACGACUACGACCCGCAAGAGCUGAGCCCCAAUGUUGAUGCUGAUGCGGAGUUAAGUUUCCAGACUGGCCAAAUCAUCCACGUAUACGGAGAGAUGGACGACGACGGGUUCUUCAUGGCGGAGAUCGAUGGUGUCAGGGGUCUGGUGCCCAGCAACUUCCUCACGGAAGCCAACGACCAGUACGCGGCGGGGCAGACGAGUCAAGGCGCGGGAAUGGGUAUGGGCGGGCGCGGAGCGGGCCCCGCGGGCGCGGCGACGGCGGGGCGCGGGCGGGGCGCGCCACCUCCGGGGCCCGGCGCGCGGGGCCCGCCGCCACCGCCCCGCGACAACGUCGCGCCCGCGCCCCGCAACCACCACCGCAAAACAGAUGCCUGCCCUCUUCCCCCUUCUCAGUUAGACCACAACACAUGCGCCAGUAAUCCAGAACAGGCGAAUUCUCAGGCGAGGGCGAGAGGCGCGGCGAUCGCACAGCCAGCGAGCACGAUCGCGCGCACGAACGCUGGUAACGCGGGCUCGCCCACGGUGCAGUCGCCCGGCACAGCCGCCGUGGGCACCCCGCUCGGCAGCUCGGCCGCUACUGCUACCGUCGCUGGCACUGCCGCAGUGAGCGUGUCGCCCGCGCGCCGCUCCGGUCCUGCCGUCGUCCCCGCGCCCGCGGCACAACCCCUACAGCCCGCCCAGCAGCCGCCCGCCAACCAGCCCAACCUCAUGCAGAAGUUCUCCGAGAUGACUGCGCCCGGAGGCGACAUCCUCAGCAAAGGCAAGGAGCUCAUAUUCAUGAAAUUCGGCCUCGGCGGCAAAUAAUGGCGGCGGGGCGGGCUUCGGGCCGCCUCCGCGUCCUCGCGGCCGCCGCAGUGUCGCGGCUGAGGGCGAUUGGACCCACCGCUAUCGCUGCGACCCUCGGCAUCACCGCUGCGGUUGUUCUCACACCGGUACUCUACAGAAUCGAUCGCGUUCGAGCGCGUUUCUCCAUCGAUUCGAUCGAUUUAGUACUGUACUUAACGUAGGAAAUGUUGUAAAUAAUUAAUUCAAUAAACGCACAGUCUAGUGAAUAUUCAAGUAUUAGUGCUGUCUUGAUAGUACCCACGGUUGGAGUUUAAACACCUGAAAUUAGUCGUGUAUCUGAAGUUUUCUAUCUUCGGAAUUUUCCCAUCUGUUAGGUUAGAAUAUGAGUGAUUGUUUAAAAACGUUAUUGCAUUUGGAACAAAAAUUAUUUCGUAUUUAUAUAGAUAUGGAUAAUGAUGAAAAUAAAAUAAUUAUAUCUAAUAGUAACUAUUUCACAAUCCUUGUGGUAUAGACUUGUUGUAAUUUCUACGUUACGUUUUCAAUCGCUAGCUGUGAGUUACAUUUAAAAAUGUUCAAUACGUGAACUUACAACUAAACCUUGUUUUAAAUAUAGUUUUUAUAUCAAUAACAUUUAAUAGAAAAAAAACUGAACACUUCAGUAAUAUCCUUCUUUUCGGUAUUGACAACGUCAUAUACAGUUGUAACCGUCCUUCUGAUCGACCCAAUAAAUUGUUUUCAAAAGAAACAUCUUAUUAACACCUGCAAUAAUAUGAUGAUAGCUAUGAUAUAUAUUAUAAGCGAAAGUACAAUUAUGCUCGUGUUGUAAUAAAUGAACAUUGGCAAUAAUAAAGUCAUCCAUAUAAUCAAAUAAUAAAAUGAAAGGAUGCAAAAUGUUAAUUAAUUUUAAUGAAUAAUAUCAUGUAUAUCUUCAAAGCCAUAGUAUUAUAUCGAAGUUGAUUUAUAUAUCUUAUUAUUCACAGUUAUUUAAAUGUAUAUCUUGGAGUAAAUUUAAAUAGAGUUGCCUAUAAAGAUUUGCCAAUAACCAAGUCUCAUGCCGAAUAUAAUUAUGCAAAAUAUUAAUAUUUUAAGAAAUUUACGUAAGCUCCUUGGAUUUUUACACCUGGUCCCUCGAAUCAUUCUCGACAUAAUGAUAUUCUGUGAUAGUAGACGUGAUACCAUCUAUAUCAUUCUCGUAUAAUAAUAUGACUGCGUCAUUGAUCACUAAUUAGAAGUAUUUGACAUCAGGAACUCUACAGAUCCAUUUUGUAAGUACUUAAUAUAAUAUAUCUGUAUUCGUCAUGUAUUUUCUCUGAUAAAAGACUUGUAAAUGAUUGCUACCUAACUUCCAUAAAUUUACUAUUAAUUUAGUUCAGUGCUACUAAAACUAUGGUGUGAAUUCAUCGGAUAAGUAGGUACCUUAAAUUAAGUAAUGGUUAUUCUUAUAUUAAUCUCUGUAAUUUGAAGUUCAUGGAAAAUAUUUUUUUGAUAUGUUGUUCUUAUUAAAUAGUUCAUGAUGCUUUCUUCAUUGUUAUAUUAUGUACCGUAAAUCUUGUUUUCUUUAGAUAGCUGAUAUCAUGGUCGGAAUAAUGUUGUCCAAAAGAUUGACUAUUGUUAAUAAUUAACCGAUAAAAGACUGCUUGCAUUCAAGUUUCGUUAUUUUAAAUAAUGUAAUCGACUUGCGAAUCAUGGGUAUAUAUAUUAACUUUGUUGGUUCACUUAAAGAAUUUAUGAAAUGUAUAGAGAAAAAUGUUCCCAGUUUCAUAAAUGUGAAUGAAGCUUUUAAAACGUAGGUACCUACAAGGGAUGUCCUACAGAGCGACGUUGGAGUUUAAAUGGUUUAUAAUAAAUGUUCUGAAAUUGUUGUUGUACAUAUUGAACGGUAAGGUCGCUUGGAUUGUAGACUAUUUCGAGAUUGCUCACUUUGUACAAGGGAUUCUCUAUUAAGUCCUUUAAUCGCUUCGUAUCUAUCAAGUACAUUCUCAUUCUUGUCUCGUAUUUUUGAACCUUGUCAUAAUAACGAUCCAGAUCUAGCUUGCGAUUCCUAGAUAACCAUGUAUAACGUAUAUAACCCCCACUGUUAGUCCACAAUAAUGUAUAACUAUGUAUUGUAUAUUAAAAUUGAUUGUACAUAAUCAUGCGUGCGCCUGAAAAAAUAUUUUAGCUAAGCACUGUGCUACAUAUCUAACUACCUAUAUAACCUGUAUUCGAAGUUUUUCUAUCAUUAAUUAAUAUUUUAGCGUUAUUUCUAACACCGUUCAAAGUUGUUCACUUGUUUAUACAUUGUUAUACAUCUGUACCCAUAUCUUUUAUCACAAUAUGUAUAACUAUGUGUAUGGUUAUUUCUACGAGAUAAUAUAAAAAGAUAAUGUAUAUUAAUCAUGCAUUAAUGUGUGCAUAAUUUAAUAAAAAAAAACUUGUAUAUUACUUAUACUUAAUGGUGAAUUAUGACAAUUAUUAAAGGACAAAUCUCUAACAAUGUACCAAUGAAAUAUGCUGAGACAAAAUAAAUAAUACAAAUGCCGCUUCUUUAUUUAUUGUAUAUAUUUUUACACACAUCAUACAGCAUUUAUUUAACAUAACAGUCAUAUAAAAAUUGAGGCUUUCGUUGUCGUUGUUCAAUCGUUGAACAACACAUUAAAAUAUAUAGUGCGAUCCUUUUUUACAGAGGACUCUUACUUUUCAAGGAACUUUAAGUUUUCCGGAAAAAUUAAAUUAAAUUUGUAGAGGUCAUCUAAGAGGCCUUAUCGAAACCACUUCUAAAAAUUUGGCACAUCGAACCACUGGUAGAUUUUCUCUCCAUUGUAGUCAUACUCAUACUUUAUACAUUUAUUGCCAAGCCACC